UUCUAAUCUAAUCAUAACAUAACCUCACAAAAUCACACGAGCUCCGGGGAAAAUAUUUUGAAUUUAUUUAAGAAAUAAUUAUUAUUUUUUGGUACUUUCUAGCAUUUCAAGUCGUAUUGCAAUAUGGGAAAAGUGAAAAACAAAAAGCGAGUAUCUGUAGACGCAAUACAGAAGAAGCGACAAAAUCAAAAUGCAAAGAAACAGCUAAAUCCAUUCGAGGUCCACAUAAACAAGGAAAAAAUGCGAGUUUUAGGCAAAAAAGUAAAGAACGAAAUGGGUUUGCCAGGUAUUUCUAGAGCUAAGGCCAUCAAAAAAAGAAAGCACACUUUAUUAAACGAAUACAAGCUUCAACAUAAGUCCAACAAAUUUAUGGACAAGCGUAUUGCGGAACGAGACAAUGUUCCCUACGAAGAUAAAAUUAUGGCCAGAUUUGCAGCAGUCCGAGCUAAAGCACACAGCAAAAAAAUGAUAUUUAACCUAGCCGAAGACGAAGUUCUAACUCAUAGAGGCCAGACAUUGAAUGAAAUAGAAAAGUUUGAUGACCCACGCUCCGACAAUGAAGACAGUGACGAAGAACAUAAAUCUGGAAAUUUAUUGUCUACUUUUGUCAAAGAUGCUCAUUUCGGAGGAGGCUCUUCAGGCAAGGAAGUUAAAACCCACAAACAGCUUAUGGAUCAGUUAAUUGAGGAAUCCAAAAAAAGAAAAGCUGAAAAACAAAAAAUCAAAGAAGCAACUGUAGAAUUAACAGACAAACUAGACACUGAGUGGAAAGAUUUAGUUCAACUAGUAAGCAAAACUAAUAAAAAAGAAACCAAUGAAGAAAAACCUAAUUUAGAUGACUACGAUAAAGUAAUGAGGGAGUUGAAAUUUGAAGCGAGAGGCACAGUUUCUGAUAGAUUGAAAUCUGAACCCGAAAUUGCAAAGGAAGAAAAAGAAAAACUGGAAAAAUUAGAACAAGAACGUUUAGAAAGAAUGAGGGGUUUUGCUGAAAAUAACCCACAAAAAAUCACGCAUAGAAGUGCAGAUGAUCUUGACGACAAUUUCGUAUAUGAAUCUGAUACAGAAGAAAAUAUGUUGACUUAUGGUGACGAUGGUAAAUCUAAUGUUGAAGUUAGGGCAGAGCUCAAUGGGAAAACAAUAGGUGGUAAUAGUGAUAUUGAAGAUGAAAACAAUGAUACUAACACAGAUGAUGAUAGUUCACAAAAUGACAGUGAAGAAGAAGAUCCUUUGCUCGACCUAAAGGAAGAUGAUACAAGCAGUGAAGAAGAUGAUGUGGAAACCGAAAAAUCAACAAACUCAAACAAGGAUAUUGGCAUAAAAAUAACUUCAAAAGAAGUUGAUUCAGCUGAAGAUGAUUACAAAACUGAUGAAACAUCAACUGAGGUAAAUAAGAGCUCUCAAAAAAGAAAAUUAGAAGAUAUUGUUGAAUGUAAUAAGCCCAAGCAACCCAAAAAUGAAGAGAAUAUUGAAGAUAAAAAUGAACUAGAAAAACUUGAGUUGCCAUUCGUUUUCUCAUUACCCGAAGAUUAUGACAGUCUUAUGGAAACCCUGCAAAAUCAGUCAAUAAUUUGUCAAAAAGUCAUUUUAGAAAGGAUGAUUAAAUGCAAUCAUCCAACUCUGUCUCAAGGAAACAAAGCUGGAUUAGGUCUAUUAUUUGACUACAUGUUGAGAUACAUAAACGAUUUAUUUGCUAAUAGUGAAGACUCAAAAACAUUCAAAAAGAAUUGUAAGCUUUUAUCAACAAUUAUUCCACAUAUAUUCGAGUUGGCUCAACUAAACAAGGAAAACGCUCAUAAUUCUUUUGUGGAAGUCAUUAAGGAAUUACAUCAAGAGUAUCGUAAGAAAAAGAAGCAAUAUCCUGGAAUAGAAAUAUUAAUCUUCUUGAAAAUGGUCAGCUUAUUUUUUUCCACUUCAGAUUUCAGGCAUCAAGUAGUGACUCCUUGUUUUGUUUUCAUGGAAGAAAUGCUGAAACAUUGUAGUGUUAAGUCUGUUAAAGACUUGUGUUGCGGCUUGUUUCUUUGUACAUUAGUUGCAGAGUUCACUGCCCUGUCCAAAAGAUUCCUUCCAGCUACAAUUAAUUUUCUAGCUGGUAUUUUUUGUAUGGCAAUUCCGAAAAAUGAUGUUAAGCCUAUAAAAGUCCCAUUAACAUUUAAAUCACUUUCUAAGGAUUUAGUUUUAACCAGUGAUUAUUCAAAGAAAAAGAUUGAGACAAAAUUCGAUAUUUCCAAUUUGUUUGAAGAAGAAUUUACUGACGAAUUGAAAGUAGACAUAAUGCUAUUGGCAUUGAGACUAUUGAGUGAUUUUAAGGAAAACUGCAAAGAACUGCCAAGUAAAUCUGAAUUAUUUACGGAAGCAGAUAAGUAUUUGAAGCUAGUCCCAAUGAAAAAUUACCCUAAAGUUGUUCAAGAAGACUACAGAAAACUUUUUUCGGAUACCUUGUCUGAAAUUUCAUAUUUGAGGUGGGAAGCAAAAAAGCCCAAAAGUUUGAGAUUGUAUGAACCAAAAAUUGUUGAAGUUUAUGAUGGAAAACGUCGUAAAAUCCAAUCCAGAGAAAAAACUGAAAGAGAUAAACUUCUACAUAAGCUCAAAAAAGAGACCAAAGGAGCAGUUAGGGAAAUCAGAAAAGAUAAAGCAUUUUUGGGUAGAAUUAAAAUCAAUCAAAAGAUCAGAAGUGACAAGGAAAGACGAGAUCGGGUUAACAAAAUUGUUGCCGAAGCUGCAAACCAACAGAGCGAACUCAACGCUUUUGACAGGCAAAAAAAGAAAAAGAAAUAGAUGAAUAUUUAUAAUAAAGAUUAAAUAGCAAUUCACAAAAUGCAUUUUAUUUAGUAUUUAUACAGUGUGACAUCCUCGUUUAUAAAAAUAAUAUUUACAAAAAAUAACAUCUUCAAAUAAAAACCUUUAAUUUUCUAGGGCAGUAUGCCUUGUACUUGGAUUUUUAGCAAUAUCACACAAAAUUUACAGUUCAGUAUUAAUUGUUCUUUUCUCUUCUUGUAUAACGUACAAGUUGAGAUCAUCUGGCAAGGAAACAUUGUAGAAUUCUUUGGCAAGGUUCCAGUAUCUUCUUCUGAGAAAAUGCGCGCUGGAUUUUGGCUGUCUACUUCUGGUGAAGAUGCCCUUUUUGUUACCACCAACCCUUGUGU